GUAGUGAUUAUAUGCUCUUUGCAUUCGGCCCGGAAAGUUCUUUUGCAUACAUCACCGGUUUUAAUAAAGUUAUUGGAAAAUAAGCCGGCAACUGUUAUUUCAGGUAGAUUUAGAAUCUUCGAGAAAAGGCUCUCCAGCAACAUGUCAAAGACAGCUCUAGUGAUCCUGGCGCAGGGGGCCGAGGAGAUGGAAACAGUAAUCACAGUUGACAUGCUCAGGAGAGGCGGUGUGACUGUCACGUUAGCGGGUCUCGACGGAAGCGCCCCAGUGCUGUGCUCUCGCCAAGUGACCCUGGUCCCCGAUAAGGCCUUAGCUGAUGCUCUGGCUGACACUCCUCAAUAUGACGCGGUAAUUCUUCCCGGAGGUCUCGAGGGCUCGGAUCGUCUAUCUAAGUCGUCCGUCGUAGGAACCCUGCUCAAGGAACACGAGAAAACUGGAAAAAUCGUCGCUGCUAUCUGCGCUGCUCCUACUGCAUUCGUAGCGCACGGCAUCGGCCACGGCAAGCGCGUCACGUCAUACCCCACCACCAAAGAUAAGAUUACCAGCGACUACACCUAUGUGGAGGGUGAGAGGGUGGUGGUUGAUGGCAACGUUGUUACUAGCAGGGGUCCUGGAACAGCGUACUGGUUCGGCCUGUCGCUCAUCGAGCUGCUGGUCGGCAAAGAAAAGGCGGACCAAGUGGAAAAAGGCAUGGUCAUUAGCGCGUACUAAAAGCAUAAUAUAUUUAUGGAAAGCCGCGUUUUCACUUAGUGUCAAACAGUUGAGCGAGCAUUCGUUCGUUCGGUAAAUGAAACAGUUGAGCGAGCAAUCGUUCGUUCGGUAAAUGAAACAGUUGAGCGAGCAAUCGUUCGUUCGGUAAAUGAAACACUUGCUCCAAUAUUGCAUUUCAUAUUUUAAUAAUUGUGUUUUGUUGUGAACAAUAGUUUGUUCAGAACGCUAAGUGAAAACGCGACAUGGAACUGAUUGAGUUAUUUUAAGGGGCUCCCCGCGGUUUUCAUAGAUUUUUGUCAAGUUUUGAGCCGUUACUCCUAUUUUUGCACUACAGAUAGAAUUAUAAGAGAAACGGCUAUCGGUUCUUCAAUCUGUUAUCUCCAUUCUGGUUUGCCGGAUUUUGAAAGAAAUGAAUAAAUAUUUUUUUAUGAUUUUUUUAAACAUUGUCUAUAAAACAUUCUUUUGAUACUCUAUUGCUGUGAAGGACCUUACAUAUACAAAAUCUACAUAUGUGUGUUCGUCUUUGACGUCUCUUAAAACUGGUCAGAGAUUUUAAUUUUAAAAUUUAUGGCCAGAAAACUAGUUUUUUGGCCAAAUAUCUAGAAGACAAUGAACUUUGAAGUAAAUAUGGGAUACUAUGUUACUUAAAGCCGUUGCUGUUAAUAUGAUAAGCUACAAAAAACAUUAGAAAAGUUAGGCAUUCAGAUGAAAGGUUAUUUGCGCCAGAUAGUCCCUUAUCUUUUUUUUUUCAAACUUUUUACAACUGUUUAUGAUUUAAUUCCACCAUUCGUUUCUUCUUAAAAUACAAGUAGUAUUAACGUCUAACGGCUGCGGCGGUCACCAGAAACUUGCCAAGGACGCCAACGACGGCCACAGCCGACACUUCGCCAAUGCAAUAGGAACUUACGCGGAACCUCGUAAAGUUCAAUUUCGCUAAAAUAAUCGCGAUCGCCUGGCGUCCGGGACAGGGCAUAUUCCGCCGUCUGGCGUUCUUUUCAUAGGGUUAGUCACUAAUGCCACUAUCUGUAAGUGUUAUUCGAAUAAAUAUUUGUAAUGAA